CGGGUGAGGUGGGCGGCCGUGCUGGCUCUCCUCCUGGCCUCCCUCCUCAUGCUGCUGCUCCCGCUGGCUGCCGUGGAGGAGCAGUGCCACGCCGUGCUCAAAGGACUCGCCUUCCUGAGGAGUAAACUGGGCGUGGGCUCCUCGGGGGUCACCAGAUACGCGGCGCAGACGACGGGGCUGAGUGUCGCCUCCAGCGGGCUGGAGCUGCUGGUGCUGAAGGGCAAAGCCUCCCCAGAAGUGAAGUUAGAAGCCAGAGCAGCUCUGAAGCAAGCCCUGGAGAUGAAGCGCCAAGGGAAGCGGGAGAAAGCCCACAAGCUCUUUCUCUAUGCCCUCAAAAUGGACCCUGAUUACGUAGAUGCCCUCAACGAAUUCGGCGUCUUUUCAGAAGAGGAGAAAGACAUCCUUCAAGCCGACUACCUGUACUCCAAAGCUCUCACCAUCUCCCCCUGCAACGAGAAGGCUCUGAUCAACCGGGACCGCACGCUGCCUUUGGUGGAAGAGAUAGACCAGAGAUAUUUCAGCAUGAUAGACAGCAAGGUGAAAAAAGUGAUGGCCAUCCCCAAAGGCAACUCCGCCCUGCGUCGGGUGAUGGAGGAGUCUUAUUACCACCACAUCUACCACACGGUGGCCAUCGAGGGCAACACCCUGACUCUCUCAGAGAUCAGGCACAUCAUCGAGACGAGGUAUGCUGUGCCAGGGAAGAGUUUGGUGGAGCAGAAUGAGGUGCUGGGCAUGCACGCCGCCCUCAAGUAUGUCAACACCACCUUGGUGUCUCGCCUGGGUUCCGUCAGCGGCGGGGACAUCCUGGAGAUCCACCGUAGGGUGCUGGGUUACGCCGACCCCGUGGAAGCAGGGAGGUUCAGGACGACUCAGGUGUUUGUAGGGCAUCACAUCCCACCCCACCCCGGGGACGUGGAGAAACAGAUGGGGGAGUUUGUGCAGUGGAUCAACUCGGAAGAGGCCAUGAGUUUGCACCCCGUGGAGUUCGCCGCUUUGGCUCACUACAAGCUGGUUUACAUCCAUCCCUUCGUGGAUGGCAACGGGAGGACCUCCCGCCUGCUGAUGAACCUCAUCCUCAUGCAGGCAGGCUACCCCCCCAUCACCAUCCGUAAGGAGCAGAGGGCAGAGUAUUACCACCUCCUGGAAGUGGCCAACGAGGGGGAUGUGAGGCCCUUCAUCCGUUUCAUCGCCAAGUGCGCCGAGACCACCCUGGACAUGCUGCUCUUGGCCACCACCGAGUGCUCCGUGGGCUUGCCUGGAGGAGAUGGGGGCACUGCCCCACGCAGACAGACCAUCCCUGUCAAGACCUGA